AUGAGAACUCGAAGACAAUCGGCUAUUGGUGGACCAACACCCGCAAAUAUUGAUGUCGAGGGUGGAGGUGAAGAGGAGUACACGCCACCGUCUGGCGUGCGAGCAAAGCGUGAAGUUUGCCCUUAUGGGUGUCAACGACUCGUCGCCCCACGAACCAUUGAAAUCCAUCGAACACAAGGAUGUCGAGGCUUGCACGAGGAACCCUUCGGCGAGGCGGAUCGUAGAAGAAAUUAUUUAUGUGGUGUUUGCUGUAUGGAGUUCCACACGCGACGCGGUUUCAUGGAUCACAUGAACGAUGAACACGAUGUGGCUGCUAGGAUUCACGUCUUGGAUUUCCCAAAUCGAGAAAUGUUUGAGCGUUUCUUCCAUUGGCUCGAGGUACAGGGUGGUGCCAAUUUUCGCACUCGUUCCGGCGCAAAGCGACAAUUGACCGGAAAAAGAGCGAUGAUGUUCCGGUGCAACAGAACGGGUUAUGUCGAGUCACAAAGCGCCGCCGAGCGCCGAAAUCGAGAAAAACUCGGGCCGGUUCGCUGUGGCUUCUCUUGCACUGCCUAUGUUCAAGUCACUUUUCACGAGGAGGGUGGGCUUUUAAAAGCUACAACAAAUUUCGGCCACGGCACAGCGACAUUUGGGGGGAUCACUAUGGACACGAUGCUCGUUUACGGGUGCCACUUUGGAGUGAAACAUCUCAUCGGAAGACAAAUUCGCGCCAUUGUGGACGGAGAACGUGUUAGCACAGCGGAUCUUCAGCGCCGAGAACGGGGCGACGUUGCUGGAAGCGGAAAACAUUUUGGGAUGAGGGAACUGCUGGAUAAGGCUCAAAUCGAUCGUCCUGGAUCACGCAAAGGAAUUUCAAGGCCUGGAGACAAAACGACCGAAGAACUGGCGCGGAAU